AUGUCGGAUCACGAGGAGGAAUCCCCAAAGCUUGAGAUGCCUCAUAUCCGACUGAAUUCGGGUCGCCAGAACCCGUUUACUGAGACCGAUGACGGUUAUGUCCCCCUGCAGAAUGACAGUACGCUGCCCAGGCCGUUGACUCCGUCCCUGGAUGUACCGGUUGUAGUUGGUGCGCAGGGGAUGUCGCCCUAUGGUGUGUCUAAUGCUCCAGAGUCAUCGGAGUUCCUCCUCCCGCCCAAGUUGCGGCCUACACAAAGCCGCGAUUCCGACCGAUCUGGGUCACCGGACCGCUGGUCCCAAGGACGGUCAAGUGUAAGCUCGGCUAGUCGUGACAGCAGGUUUCACAUGGAUCCAUUUGAAGACUCACGGGCUCCCUCGUCCCGCUCCGGCAGCGAUGAAUACGAUGUCAAUACCCAGACGGUCUCGGAGAAGUUUAAUAUUAUGCCUACAGAUGGUCUUCUGCUUUUCCCCGAAGACGUGGAGAAGGACGACUACCUGCACAACCCAGACCCGACGGAUCGGGACCGUGACUGUGAUAUAUGGAAUCGCCGGGGGCUGCUAAAUGUUGGUGGCUUGGCUUUUUUAACGCUUGGCCUUUUGGUUCUUUUCAUUGGAUACCCCGUUAUAACAUGGGUGGGAGGCAUGCUCAGCCGGAAGCACGUUUGUCGCCCUGGCGACAUGCUUUGUCUUCCUGUCGGCCCACGGCCCCUUCUCGCCAAUAUUCGCCGAGGAUUAAUCGACCCUGAUACGCCGCAAGAGGCGAUGACGAAGAAGAACGCCGAUGGAAAAGAUUGGAAGCUAGUGUUCUCGGACGAGUUUAAUAAGCCUGGACGCACUUUUUACGACGACGAUGAUCCAUUUUUCCAAGCUGUUGACUUGUGGUAUGGCGUGACAAUGGACAAGGAGUGGUACGAUCCUGAUGCUGUUACGACGGACGAAGGUACUUUAGAAAUCCGCUUCGACGCGUUCGAGAACCACGAUUUACCAUAUAGAUCCGGUAUGGUCCAAAGCUGGAACAAGUUGUGCUUCAAGGGCGGUCGUCUCGAAGCUUCCCUGUCCCUUCCCGGUGACGGCCAUAUCCAGGGUUUCUGGCCCGGUUUCUGGGCCAUGGGCAACCUGGCUCGCCCUGGAUACGCUGCAACCACCGAUGGUUUGUGGCCAUAUAGCUACCACGACGGCUGUGAUGCAGGAAUUACCCCAAAUCAGAGCUCUCCCGAUGGAAUCAACUUCUUGCCCGGCAUGCGUCUCCCAGGCUGCACUUGCUCCGGUUCCGACCAUCCCAACCCUGGUCGCUCGCGUAGCGCUCCGGAAAUCGACGUGAUCGAAGGGAGCACGCAACCACUCUAUGGCCAAGAGGGUGGCCCCUACGUUGGCAGUGCCUCACAGUCUCUGCAAACCGCCCCCUUUGACCUCUGGUACAUGCCCGACUACGAAUUUGCUGCCGUGUACGACCCGAGCAUCACCCAGAUCAACGCUUACCGCGGCGGUAUCUACCAACAAGCCAUGUCCGGUCUGACCAACCUCAACUCACGCUGGUACAACGGCACCGAGUACCAGAUCUACUCCUUCGAGUACACCCCCGGUGCCAAGGGCAAUGUCACUUGGUUUGUCGGUGCUGACAAGACCUGGACACUCGACGCCCGCGCUAUCGGUCCCAAUGGUAACAUUGGCCAGCGCAUGAUCCCCCUCGAACCCAUGUCAAUCGUCAUGAACUUGGGUAUGGCGGAUAACUUCGCUCCGCAGAACAAGUCCAUUCGCGAAUACAUGCCUGCUUUCCUCCGUGUCGACUACGUACGCAUCUACCAAGAUCCUGAUGACGUGAGCAUCACCUGCGACCCCCCUGGCUGGGAGACGACCGGGUACAUCGAGGAACACAAAAAGGCGUAUGAUAACGCAAACUUGACUUCUUGGUCGGAUGCUGGAUAUACAUGGCCGAAGAACAGUUACAUGCACGGCUGUUAA